UACAUUUUUAGCUCCCAAGGAAAAAUCGACCACAAAAGGCAAAGCAAAAUCAAAACACAAAAUGGGAAACGAAACCUCGCUGCCCAUGGAAAUGUGCUCCAAUUUCGACGCGGAUGAGAUACGUCGCUUGGGCAAACGCUUUCGCAAACUGGAUCUGGACAAUUCAGGCGCCUUGAGUGUGGAUGAGUUCAUGUCGCUGCCGGAGCUGCAGCAGAAUCCUCUAGUGCAACGUGUCAUAGAUAUAUUCGAUGCGGAUGGCAAUGGUGAGGUAGACUUCAAGGAGUUCAUCCAAGGUGUAUCGCAGUUUAGUGUCAAAGGUGAUAAGCUGUCUAAGCUGCGUUUUGCCUUUCGCAUCUAUGAUAUGGACAAUGAUGGUUAUAUAUCCAAUGGCGAGCUGUUUCAGGUCUUAAAAAUGAUGGUGGGCAAUAAUCUGAAAGACACGCAAUUGCAGCAAAUUGUGGAUAAGACAAUCGGUUUCGCUGAUAAGGAUGAGGAUGGCAAGAUCUCAUUCGAUGAAUUCUGUUCGGUUGUGGGCAAUACGGACAUACAUAAAAAGAUGGUUGUUGAUGUUUAGAGAACGGCAACGAAAACCUCUUAACUGCAUAUAGGUUUAAAGUGUAUAAUUUUUUUUAUAAAACAAAAGAAACACAAGAAACAAACAAACAACACCCACACAUAUACAAUUUUU